CAAAUGCACAGCUUUAUCAUAUAUUUGAAACUCGUAAUAAUAUUAUCAUAAAAUGCACAGAAAAUAAUGAAAUUAUUUCGAAAUGAAAGAGAGCUCCACGGAAAACAUUUUUGCUGGGAUCAAAUCAACUUAUUUGAACCCAUGGUCAACUAGUACCAAAUAAUUAGCGUUAUUAACAUAGCUUAUACACUUGUAGGUCCAUAUAAUCAUAGCCUAUGUCAUAAUUGUCAUGUCAACAUAAAAUGAUUUAAUAAAAACAUGCAGACUAUAACUAUUUUCAACAUAUCGCUUCAGCACUAUUUAAUUCAUGAUAAUCCUAAAACGUAUGUAUGUAUAUCAUAUCACGUCUCUGUGAUAAUGAACCAAACGUUUUGAGUCCGUUUCAUCAGGGUCAAAGUUCAAGUACUUUGUAGUAGGGGAGACAACUCGCACUACCUUUCUCUCCCCACUCUCAUCUCACGCUACACCGGCAUGGACUCGAUAGCCUAAAUCCACACCAUCAGUGACUGCUUUGUUAACAUUUACGACACCUAUCACUGGAAGUGUACACGACUGCUGAUGACCACACCUGCCUCUGUUGGUGUAAUGGACAUGGCCUGACCUGGUGUAAUGAUGUGGGGGAGGGUUCAAUCAUUAGUGGGGAAUGUUGUCAGUAAGAUAGUCCCAAAGAGCAACAAUACCACCGAGCCAAAUAAACCACACAAGUACCUGUAUGAGCGACCUCAGUUCCUAAAUCUGGCACAGAAACAGCAGCAGGAGGCAAAAAGUACAAGUUCCCGAACUAUUGUCACUGCUGGCAAGACUCUCCCGAGGCGAGCAGGUUACGCAGAAGUUAUCAAUGGGGGUAAAAGUGCUGUCAACGAGGAUCAGGGAGCGGCAGAGGAGUUCUAUUUGGGUUAUAAACCAACCAAGUUACCAUCAGAUAAAAACCGACCCUCCAUGGCCAUGACGGAAGUUGUAGGUGAUGGAUCGGAUUUGGUACCUGUGACCUACUUUGGGAUAUUUGAUGGCCAUGCUGGUGCUGAUGCAGCUUUAUUUGCAUCCAAAAUCCUACACAAACACAUUGAGGACAAGCUCAAUUGUGUUUGGGAGGUCAUCAAUCAGAAACUAUCGCCCUCUAAACAGGAAACAGAGCGCCUUUCCCUGGGCAAUUUAAGCCACAUCUCAGUAGAUGAUCUCAUCACUGGUAUCCUGGAGGAGGCAUUUGUUGAACUGGAUGAUCAGAUCCUGCGAGAACGCCUUACUUACACAAUACGAGGGGGUUGUGCUGCUAUCAUCACAAUGUUUAUGUUUGGGAAGGUAUAUGUAGCCAACGCAGGAGACUGUAGAGCAGUAUUGUGUGCUGGGGAGAAGGUAAUCCCAUUGUCUCGUGACCACACGCCAUAUUCUGAACGUGAUCGACUAACUAACCUAGGAGAUGCCAAACCAGAGCUGCUGCACGGAGAAUUCACAUGCACGGAGUACACACGCAGGAUAUUCCGAGAGGACAUGGGUAGGAGGGUACUGUACAGGUCUCCACACAUGACAGGCUGGGCAUAUAAAGUGGCAGAUUAUGAUGCGCUGAAGUUUCCACUUGUGACCAGGACUGGAAAAAAGUCCCGUCUGAUGGAAACUAUCGGUGUAGCCAGAGGUUUUGGGGACCACGACUUGAGGGUUUUUGAUUCAGAAAUAUAUGUCAAACCUUUUCUUACAUCUAUUCCAGAGGUUGAGAUUUAUGACACUACAACAGAAGAGCUAGAGGAGAAUAGUGUGUUGAUUAUGGCAUCAGAUGGAUUAUGGGAUGUUAUAUCUAACUCAGAGGCUGCAGCCAUUGUCCGUCAAACUCUCGCCAGCUAUAAUACCAACGACUACAAAAGGUUUGCUGCUGCUGCACAAGAGCUGGUCACGCAGGCACGAGGGUUCCAUGCAGGGCAAGGAUGGAGGAAGAAAAAUUCAGAUGACCAGGCGUCAUUUGACGACAUCACUGUUUUUGUCAUUCCUUUACAUGACUGAAAUUUAAUAUCAAGUCACAAGAAUGUUAUCGACAUAUCGAUGUUGUGACAUCAGUCACCACUGAAGUCCGAAGUCUGAAAGAUUUUAAAGUGGUUGCCAGCAUGUCAGCCGCCUGGUGGGGUCAAUCUACCCAGCUGUAUAAAUACAAGGUGCUAGCCCAUCUCAUUGAUGAUGAGGAAAUAAUUUGAAGUCUGUGAUAGGUGUGCUUAUUGUUUAUGUUUUUUUUUCAAAUUAUUGACCAAUAAAUGGUUUAAUUGCUUGUACACAUUCCAUUAGAGUUGUGCCAGUUACAAUUUUUUCUGGAAGAUGAAACCGUAAAAAAUAUAUUAAAACCUUUACACUUGGUGCCAUCUCUUUGAAUGAGACAAAUAUAAAUUCGAUUUUCAGCAUCAGUUACAAUUCUGUAUACAACCAUGGAUGAAGUGUUUGUGCAUACUUUUUCUACCAAGUCCUCACCAGGGGGACUAUACAGCUACUUUCAAUUAGUGCCAUAUUAGAUAAUAUCACAAAAUAUUAGGAGAUAUUUUUUUUUCAAUAUACGUCAUGUUUAUGUUUAUAGCUGAUGUUAUAAUUAGAGCAUAACAAGUCAAUGACAUUUUUUAUGUAGAAGUUUCAGUAAAGAGCCAUUAAUAAAUACAAUUAAAAUUUGUAUUCUUUUGGGGUAAAACUUCUUCAGUGUUUAUUAACUUACAUCAUUGUGAGGUGAAAGCCAAUAAGAAUGACAGGCUUUGUGUACUGUGUUAAUAUAUUGUUAUAUGUACGGGAACAAAUGACAUUAUUUUCAGGUUUUUAAUAGCUCAAAUCUAAUUGUUGUUAUUUCGU